AAUAGAUUCGAAAUGCGAUAUAUACGUUUUGUGUCAUGCAGUUAGUUAUAUUUAGUUAGGAGAAAAAAAACUGUGAUGGAACAAAAGCAAACUUCGCAACAAACAGUGCAAAAUGAAAGUCUUAGAAUUGAUAAUGUGCUUACAACCCAACCAGAAUUGGGUCCAAGUGUACCAGAUGGUGGAUAUGGAUGGAUAAUAUUGUUAGCUGUAUCAUUUUUUAAGGUCUCAUUACCAAGCAUAAAAAUUGCUUAUGGAUUAUUUUUAAUGUACUCAACACUGGAAACAACAAAUAACAUAAAUUUAGGAUUAUUUGAUAAUGAUUUAAUUUUGACUCCUAUCAUAUUUUUUGUUGCAUCAACUAUUUUAGAUCCCAUAAGCAGGAAAAUGAUUACGAAUAGUAAAUGGCCUAGACUAUUUGCAUUAUCUGGAGUCUGUCUAACGUGUGCUGGAAUUCUUUUCCUUUGGAUAGCACUUGACCAUCACGGCCAUUUAGCAAGAUUUCUUUACGUUUUAAGUGGAUUGUCUUCAGGCUGCGGCGUGGCCCUGGUUGAAACACAAUGUGAGGUGUUGCUGGCUCAAUAUUUCAGAUUAAAACUCAAUUCCAUCAAUGUUGUCCUACAAAUAAUGACUUGUAUAGGAUAUAUUUUUACUCCAAUUAGUUUGGGCCAUUAUAUAAAUAUGUAUGGUAUCGUUCACGUAAUUAUUUGGUAUCAUUUAUAUAUCUUGAUUGGAGUUGGUGUGUGCACUUUGUUUAAGAAGCCAGAUUACCUAAAGGGAAAACUCACCUAUAAUUCGGUUAAAGUGGGCCUUGUAUUAGAUGAAGAAGAAGACAUUUAUUCAGCAAAGAAAUCCACUGAGUUGAAAGAAGCUCGAAUAGUUGAACCGAAUGCUGAGAACAAUGAACCAAUUGCUGGUACAAGUUCCAGUGAUAUGGUUGAAGUUGAUGUGCACAAUGCAAAUAGCAAUUGGGAAAAGUUUUCAGAUGAUGAAAAUGAUGAUGAGCAUUUUCAUGAAUUCAAAAAUAACAUGGCUGCACCGAAAGAGUUAUUCACUGAUUUGCAUCUAAAUAAUAAUACAACCUAUUCAUUUGAUAAUAGUGAUAUACUAAGUGCCAAUGAUGAUACAAAUAUCUUUAUGCCCAACACCAAAAGUGUGUCACAGAGUUAUUCCUUUUUCAAGGAGGGUUCAUUUUACAAAUCUGUUUUGUUGCAAACCACAUUAACAUAUUCGAAAUUCAUCUUUUACACACUUUAUCCAAGUACCUUGUACUUCAAUAUCAGUUUGCACAUUGAGGAUAUUAAUGCAGUUUUAUGCUACUUAUUUAUUAUCAGUAGUAUCAUUGUUCUGGCUUCUAAAAUAUUUUUAGUUAACAUUAAUAAUAAGAAUUGUGCAAUUUUUGUUGUUAUAGUUUCAUGGAUUGGAACUAUUGGAUACUACAUGAUUUCCGAUAUUCCCUUCGAGAACGUAAAAGUCUUUGGCGGUGGAUUGUCGCUCAUAAGCAUAAGUGUUUUGCAAUAUUUGACCGAAGGUUUAAUCACGCCGAACGUAAAAUCUGAACCGAACCGCGUGUUCAUAUUUCUGAACUUGUUGUCAGCCUUAUGUUUCGUAUUAUUAAGCGUUAGAAAUAUUACAUAUACAAAUUGUUUCCGGUUAAUGGGAUUGUUGCAAUUCGCAAAUGGAUCCGUGUGGUUUUGCAAUUUCAUUUAUAAGAAGAUUAUAAGGGUAGAUUAAAUUGUUACAAUAAGA